GCGGUCAUGUAGGCUAUUGUCAACUUCAAAAGGAGAAAAGUUGGAACGCACCUUCCUCGGUGGUAUCGACAGUGGUAAUUGUUAUUCUUGAAGCUCCACCCCCACUUCCACCUUUUAUGUUAAUUUCAACGUUAUUCUGCGCUGCGUGUAGGACUGCUUUGUAGCCUAUCUGCCGCGGUCCAAUGUAAAUCGGCUUGGACAGCCACUAACUACACUGAGGGUAAACGAUGUUUGGCGAGAACGAAAUCGCGAUUAUAUGAUUAUGUUAUGUUGACAGCCAAGGAGCGCAUGUCUGUGAAUAUUUUAUCUAACAAAACCAGAGAAGAGGAACUCACCUUGUAUUUUAACAUGGGAGGUCAGAUAACAAGACAUACCUUGUACGAUUCUCUGGGUGGCCCCUUCCCCACCACAUCCCACCGCUAUCACCAUAAGCCCACCAAGCAAUGUCUGCCCGUCCUGCAGUGUGGGAGCAGCCUGUCCUCUUUUCCCCUGCUCUUCCACCCCAGUGCCAAGGGCUCCCAGAUCAUCAUGGACGUGGCCCAGAAGACCGUAAAGAGGCAGGCCAGCUUCUGCAAUGCCAUCACCUUCAGCAACCGGUCCAUUGCCCUGUACGAGCAGGUCCGCCUCAAGAUCACCAAGAAGCAGUGCUGCUGGAGCGGAGCCCUGCGUCUGGGCUUCACCUCCAAGGACCCGUCCCGCAUCAACCCAGACAACCUGCCCAAGUAUGCCUGCCCAGAUCUGGUCUCCCAGAAUGGCUUCUGGGCCAAGGCCCUGCCCGAGGAGCUGUCCAAUGAGGGUAAUGUCAUCUCCUUCUGGGUGGACAAGAAGGGUCGGGUGUUUUACCGCAUCAAUGGCUCCAGCCCCAUGCUGUUCUUCAGCGGGGUCCAUGCCUCCGAGCCACUUUGGGCUCUCAUAGAUGUCUACGGCCUGACACGAGGGGUCCAGCUACUGGACAGUGAGAUGGUGCCUCUAGAAUGCCUGCGUCCUCGCUCCUUCACCACCGCCCACCGAGCAUCGCUACGGCGGGACCCAGACAACCUUUCUAUUAGCCUGUGUGACCUCAGCCUCCAGCAGCAGGAGCAGGAGGAAGAGGAGCGCCUGCACCCCCUCAGCUCCACCUCUUGUUCCAUCCCCCAGAACUCCCUUAACUCCCAGCAGUGCUCCCUGCUCCCCUCGCUCCUCGACAGCGAUCUCCACUUCCACCCCCUCCGAGGCGCCCACGUCAAGGCCCUCGAUGAGCACACGGUGUCCCGGAGCGUGGAGCAUCGCAGCGGUGAUGAGAGGACCCUGGUGUUCACCAGCCGGCCCCUGCGUUGCGGAGAGAGCGUGUUCGUGAAAGUGACUAAGACGGGUGCCACACGUCUCGGUUCACUCUCCUAUGGCGUGACGUCGUGUGACCCGGCUUGGCUUCGUCCGAGCGACCUACCCUACAGCCCGGAGUCCCUGGUCGACCGCAAGGAAUUCUGGGCGGUGUGUCGGGUGGGGGCGCCCCUGCAGAGUGGUGACAUCCUGGGUUUCGUGGUGAACGUGGAGGGGGAGGUGUUUCUGAGCCACAAUGGAAUCAACGCAGGGAUGCAGGUGUGUGUGGACAACUCCAGACCUCUGUGGAUGUUCUUCGGUCUGCAUGGAGCCGUCACACAACUCAAGAUCCUAGGCUCGUCUCUGAAUGCAGACCCUCGGGGACUGUCAAUUCCCAGCUCCCCCAACACCCCAACUCUGCGUUGCAGCGUCAGCUCCGAGCCCAACUUCAACUCCAACCUGAACAUCAACCUCAACACCAGCCUCAACGCCAGCAACCCACCAGCCUUCAGCAGCUCCACAGGUACGAGCCCCAGCUCGCCAUUCUCCAGCCACUCGGAAUCCCCCACCUUCCCAUCAUGCUCUGGCUCGUGGAGUGACGAGUGCACCAUCUGCUAUGAGAACGUGGUGGACACGGUGCUGUACGCCUGUGGUCACAUGUGUCUCUGCUACGCCUGUGGCCUCAAACUGAAGAAGAUGGCCAAUGCCAGCUGCCCAAUCUGCAGAAGGACAAUCAAAGACAUUAUAAAGACCUACCGGAGCACGUAGGAUCUGCCUGGCUGUGUAACAUCAAGGCUCAUUCAUCAAAGAAACCAUUGAGACCUAUUGGAGCAUGUAUGUUUGGCCUGACUGUCUCAAUAUUGCUCAGCAACAUUAUGAGAUUCAGCAUCAUGCAGUUGGACCAUCAAAGAUAUCAGAAGAACAUGUUGGGAUAUGAAUACAUUGUAAAGAUUAACAGGAAGAGGUAAUGCUGGCCUCCAGUGUGUCACUGUGGCCCAGAUACUGGAUUGGGUUCAGCCACCAUGGAGCUGGACUUAACCAGGAGGGAUUUGGCUCACUCUCUGCAGAACAAUCAUCAUUCAUCCCACUGAUGAUAUCAUUGCUACUAGGAUGUUUCAGAGACAAAAUAUACAUUCCAUUGCAUGAGCCACAUCACUAAACAUAAUUUAAAUGAACAUUCUGCAUUACCAUGAAAAUGAUUGCAUCCCAAUACCAGGGAGUCAUUGCGAGUAGUGUACCCAUGAGUUUACCAGUCAAAUUGCCAGGGUUUAAGGUUACAAGCCCAUUAUAUUAAUUAUAUGUCUAUGUGUACUGCUGCUGCAUUGUGGGGGGUGUUGCCUAGGCAACCAAAGACUCAUUUGCUUGUUUCAGCAAGUUGUUAAGAGUCCACGUUACAGCCGAAACGGACUCAACCGCAUGAAUGCCCUGCCGUCCCAUUUUCAGUCAGCAGUUCGUUAUGACAGUUAUUUUAUUUUCAUAACGGUCUUCAUACAUAACUGUCAGUUAUACAGUAAUUGUGGCAGCCCUAGUGUCUGUACAAUUCAUUUCCAUCUGUGACGCUCUGAAUGUUCCGCCUGGUUGAAUAAUAGCGUUAGCCUUUGGACAAGUGACUCAUGAAUGAAGAGGACAUGCAGUUUUUAGUUUGUUUGGUUGGAGAAGAAAGUGUAAGAUAUUGCCAUGAAAAAGGGAGGGUGUAAUCAGAGGAAGUAUUGUACCUGUGAAAAGUAAGGAAUAUAGUAACUAGCUGUGUGCCUAUGUUGCAUGAAUAAUCCCUUACAUGCAUUCUCUACCCAGUCUCAAAGACACUGUAGGGAAGAUCACAUGCAGGCAAAAAUGUGAGAAUACAGUCAGCUGCUCACCAUAGAAUGUUAUAGAUUCAAGGUGGAUGUAAAUCUAUGUGGAUAGAGCAGGGGUGUCAAACUAAUUUUGCCCCGGGGGCCGCAUUCGGUUUUCAACAAGGUCCGGAUGGCUCCACUGAAAAUGUGUUAUUUCCUUACCAUCAAAAUUGACAAAUUGUCUUUUGGAAUUUUCAAUGCUCCUUGACUGUCUAGCUUUCAUUUAGAUUAUUAUUAGCGAACUGGACACAGUAAAAAAAACUGUAUGAAUGUAGAUUCAUUAUCAUUUAUACACAGUUUCGAUUUGUUAUAUUGAGUUUGUUCUGUCCGUCUGUCCCCCCCUCCCCCAACAUGUGUUGUUACUCAAACCACCCGCGGGCUGGAUUGGAUCCCCCAUGGGCUGUAUGUUUGACAUCCCUGGGAUAGAGGAUGUUCUGUGUAUAGUGAGGGAGACGUGACCAUAGACUUCGUUACACAGUGUAGGGGCACUUUGGUCCUGUGUGUGUCUGCACAAUGUUCAGUGCACAGAAACCCUUAGCAAAGACGCAACAUAUAUAUCAAAGCUCUAACUGUCUGAAGGGUCGUAAAAUGCCGACUCUAUUGUAUACAGCCAUCUUCCUGACUCUCUUCUAACUAUCUCUGGUUAAUUAUUGUGCCAUUUCCUGGGUGUAUUGGAAGUAAUCGCAGGUUGAAGUUUAUUGGGAUGAGUCUUGUCCCUUCAGGCAGAACUGAGUGAUUUCCACUAGAUGGGAAAAAUCCAAAGUCACAACGGGCUAUAUUGUAAAAAUUCAUAAACACAAAACUGUGACCCACCACUUAGCUACAUUUUAAAUUGUGUUUUUUACAUUGGUAGAGACUCAGAGCUAAAAAUGUUUUAUAUCAUACACUGCAGUUGAGGAUCAAUGGGAAAGUAAUCUUGCUUUGAAAGUUGAUGAACUUGUAACCCCACGUUUGAGAAAAUGGCCAAUGGAUGUUUUGGUACACCUACUGGAGAGCUCUUCUAUGUCUACACCCAUUCAGCAUCGUUCACACCCUCUUAAGCCUUAGCCCCACCCAUCUCUUUAAGGGUUCACAUGUGAGGCCAUGUGCUAAACAGAGUGAGUAAAGUUGUGUAGUAAACAACCAAAGAUUAAGACUAAAAGUAUAGAAAGUAGUAAUCAAAUCAAAUGUUAUUGGUCACAUACACGUGUUUAGCAGAUGUUAUUGCAGGUGUAGCGAAAUGUUUGUGUUUCUAGCUCUGACAGUGCAGUAAUAUCUAACAAGUAAUAUCGAAGAAUUUCACAACAUAUACUCAAUUCACACAAAUCUAAGUAAAGUAAUGAUGAAUUGUGAAUAUAUACACAACCGUUCAAAAGUUUGUGGUCACUUAUAAAUGUCCUUUUUUUUAAAUAAAAGCAAAUUUUUCUGUCCAUUAAAAUAACAUCAAAUUGAUCAGAAAUACAGGGAUUACAUUGUUAAUGUUGUAAAUGACUAUUGUAGCUGGAAACCGCAGAUUCUUUUUAUGGAAUAUCUACAUAGGCGUACAGAGGCCCAUUAUCAGCAACCAUCACUGUGUUCCAAUGGCACGUUGUGAUAGCUAAUCCAAGUUUAUCAUUUUAAAAGGCUAAUUGAUCAUUAGACUGGUGCUUUGCCUCCCACUCCUAUUUAACGAAGCUGCCAGUUGAGGACUUCUGAGGCGUCUGUUUCUCAAACUAGACACUCUAAUGUGCUUGUCCUCUUGCUCAGUUGUGCACCGGGGCCUCUCACUCCUCUUUCUAUUCUGGUUAGAGACAAUUUGCGCUGUUCUGUGAGGGGAGUAGUACACAGCGUUGUACGAGAUCUUCAGUUUCUUGGCAAUUUCUUGAUGGAAUAGCCUUCAUUCCUCAGAACAAGAAUAGAGCCUGUAAUCCAACCCACAAAUGCUGAUGAUCCAGAUACUCAACAAGUCUUAAGAAGGCCAUUUUAAUUGCUUCUUUAAUAAGCACAACAGUUUUCAGCUGUGCUAACAUAAUUACAAAAGGGUUUUCUAAUGAUCAAUUAACCUUUAAAAAUGAUCAACUUGGAUUAGCUAACACAACAUGCCAUUCGAACACAGGAGUGAUGGUUGUUGAUAAUGGGCCACUGUACGCCUAAGUAGACAUUCCAUAAACAAUCAGCAGUUUCCAGCUACAAUUGUCAUUUCUAACAUUUUCAAUGUCUACACUGUAUUUCUGAUCAAUUUGAUGUUAUUUUAAUGGACAAAAAAUUAGCUUUUCUUUCAAAAACAAGGACAUUUCUAAGUGACCCCAAACUUUUGAACGGUAGUGUAAAUAUAUGGACAAGCAAUGUCAGAGCAGCAUAGACUAAGAUACAGUAGAAUAGAAGACAGUAUAUACCUAUGAGAUGAGUAAUGCCAGAUAUGUAAGCAUUAUUAAAGUUACUAGUGUUCUAUUUAUUAAAGUAGCCAGUGAUUUCAAGUCUAUGUAUAUAGGCAGCAGCCUCUAAUGAGCUCCCAAGUGGCACAGCGGUCUAGGGCACUGCAUCUCAGUGCAAGAGGCAUCACUACAGUCCCUGGUUCGUUUCCAGGUGGUAUCACAUCUGGCUGUGAUUGGGAGACCCAUGGGGUGGUGCACAAUUGUCCCAGUGUCAUCCGGGUUUGGCUAGGGUAGGCUGUCAUUGUAAAUAAGAAUUUGUUCUUAACUGACUUGCCUAGUUAAAUAAAGGUUAAAUAAAUAAAAAAUGUGCUAGUGAUGGCUAUUUAACAGUUUUAUGGCCUUGAGCUAGAAGCUGUUUUUCAGUCUCUCGGUCCCAGCAGUGAUGCACCUGUACUGACCUCGCCUUCUGGAUGAUAACGGGGUGAACAGGCAGUGGCUCGGGUGGUUGUUGUCCUCAAUGAUCUUGUUGGCCUUCCUUUGACAUCGGGUGCUGUAGGUGUCCUGGAGGGCAGGUAAUUUGCCCCUGUUGAUGCGUUGGGCAGCGCACCACCCUCUGGAGAGCCCUGCGGUUGUGGGUGUUGCAGUAGCCGUACCAGGCGGCGAUACAGCACGACAGGAUGUUCUCAAUUGUGCAUCUGUAAACGUUUGUGACGGUUUUAGGUGCCUAUUCAAUUUUUUUCAGGUUCCUGAGGUUGAAAAGGUGCUGUUGCGUCUCUGGUAAACACACACUACAUCAAAUUAAAAUCAAAGUUUAUUUGUCACAUGCACAGGAUACAUACCAUGUGUACGGUGCAGUUAAAUGGUUACUUGCAUAGUGGUGUCUUGUUAAGACCCAUAAUCCCAACCCAUACUAUGCAUGAAUCUGCAGGUAGCUAAAGCUAAUCAACUAGUUUAAAUUGCUAUACGUAGGAAUGCAAAUGGAUUUCUGAGAUACUAAUAAUUACUACACAGCUCAUACACGUAACAUUAGCUAGCGAGCCAGCCAGCUAACAUGCUCUAGCUAGCUAACAGUAUGCUUUAACUUGCAAUGAAAAUUACUUUUUGACCAAAUUAGAAACGUAAAAUAUCUGAAAAUGUAGCUAGACUCUUACCCAUAUACAUGAAUGAACGCUUCACCCUCUCUGUCAUGGAUGCCAUUGUUGCCCUUAGCUAACCAACUAAGUUAAUAACUAUAACUAGCAAUGCGAAUGUCUUUCUGAGAUAAUUUCCCCCCCUUUAUUUAACUAGGAAAGUCAGUUAAGAACAAAUUCUUAUUUACAAUAAAGGCUUACACCAGCCAAACCCGGAUGACGCUGGGCCAAUUGUGCGCCACCCUAUGGGACUCCCAAUCACAGCCGGAAGUGAUACAACUUGGAAACAAACCAGGGACUGUAGUGAUACCUAUUGCACUGAGAUGCAGUGCCUUAGACCGCUGCGCCACUCGGGAGCAAAAAUAUUAAAAUUAAAAUGACUUUCUGAAUAAAUUAGAAACGUAUAAUAUCUGAAAAUGUAGCUAGACUCAUACCCGUAUACAUGGAUGAACGCUUCUCCCUCACUGUCAUGGAUUUCAUAGUUGCCCUUAGUUUGAAGAUGUAAUCCAGAGACAGGGGUUUUAUACAACAGCCUUCUGUGUUCUCUUUUCGACUCUCUCCGCAUUUGGCAAUCAUACUCUGCUUCCACCGGGCAUUCCACUGAUUUCAAAACUCGGUCAACUUCCGUGACAACAACACUGUUGAUCUCUAUUUUUUCCCCCAUCAUUGUCAUCAUAUUUUUACCUAAAUCGGGGAUUUCCUCAUUGUCUGAUUAAUUUUCAGAGUCAGCAUGGCAUGAUUGUUCUCCAGAAAGUAGUCCAUCACAACAUUUUUCCCAUUGAUCUUUGUAGAUAGUUUUCUGUUAUCCAAAGUUACUCCUUGGAACCCCUGUUAUCCAAGGUACUGUACUUUACUGUCCUAACGAUUGUUUUAAAUACAAAACCAUGCUUGAGCUUCUUUCUCUGUUACUGUAAGGUUGCAUGCGCCCAUCAAUAUUGUUAUGGUAAAGGUAACCUCGUCCCCAGAAUAAUUGCAAAAGAGCCGGCUGGUGGACAAUAUUAUAGUAAAGGAAAAAGGAUAUUUCUCCACUGUUCCCCGGGAACCGAAGACGUGGAUGUCAAUUAAGGCAGCCCCCCACACCUCUGAUUCAGAGGGAUUGGGUUAAAUGCUAAAGACACAUUUCAGUUAAAUUCAUUCAGUUGUACAACUGACUAGGUAUCCCCCUUUCAGUGAGAAAUUCCCUGUGUGAUAUAUAUAAUGCUUUCAUGCUUUGUGUUUUUGCUGUUUACUCAAGAAACUGUAAACAUCUGUGUCAUCACAUGUGUGGAAGUCAUGGAUCUAGCUAGCUGAUUAUUGUUGCACAGUAUGUGAGCUUUACACUUGAAGUGCUGCUUUCUGUAUUUUAGGCAAAUCUUUUUAACAAACUAAUCUUUAAGUUUUCAUAAUACAGAGUUUUUAAUCUAAAAUGUUUAAAAGACAACAAUGGUCAUGUAUAGAGGAAAAACAAGCCAUUUUUCAGGUUCGUAAAAAAAGGUUGAAUUAUAUGUACAUUUUCUUAAAGAAUGUGUUGGUUCAUUGUGUCAACAUGUUCCAUCUCAUCCCUCUGUUACGGAAACUGAUCAAGUUUGAAUAUGAUAGAAGAGUAUAUUCUUGUGUGCCUUUUGGAGAAGAGAACUUUGAUCAGUUACAACACUGUAAAAUGUUCAGGCAAAUUAAUAUUCAGGUGAAUAUUUACCCCAGCUCACUCCUACAUGGGAAUGAAGACUUGCGUAAGUUACACAUCCCAUCUAUUUAUGUAAAAAUAUGGCGUUUAAAAGCCAACAUUUGAGUGUGAGUAAUGUGUGUAUGAAGUUAUUCAGUGUUGUUAAUAGAAACUGUCUAAAUAACACAAGCCCCCGCUGUCAUUGUAUUGCAUAAUACUGGAAUUAUAUUGGCUUGAGAAGUGGUCCGCUUUGAUUUUUCUAGUGGUUCAGUUUUUCUGACCACAUUAGUACAUACAGAGAUCAACCAUGGAGACAUUUUAACAGAGAAAAAGUAUGAUAAUGAUAUUGUGUUGUACAGUACGAUCAUUAUUUAUUUUGUCAAUCAUAUCAUUAAUUAUUAUGUUUGUUUUAUAUAUUGUACAGGAUGUCAAAAUAACAAAUAUAUGUAGAGGUCUUGUCAAUUGUUUAAUUUCUACUGAGGUAAAAAUAAAAAAUAAUAAAAAGUUAACCUAC